AUGGAACACGACAAGCCAUUUGCGGAUCUUGCCCUCGACCCCGACCUGCUCGUCGCCAACGGCUUAAUCCGGCUCCCAGUCAACUUAGUCGAGACGAUCCCCUGUCGCAACGCAUACAACGCCAUCCUGACCUAUAACCUACUGAUCCACUUGGUUCAAUAUGAGGCUAACACCCUGGACAAACCCGACUCUCCCAUCUGCCAGGCGGCGUUUCGCGAGUGGCCAAAUGUCAUGCGAUGGGCCGCCUUCUUUCACCCCAAGUUCAGAAAUGUCCCCCCCUUGUAUGAAGAGCAAGCUUUGAAGACAAUACGCCGAUUCCUCUGCACUACCUGCGAUAUAAUCCAGGGAGACCGUAUCGUCCUCGAGACUGGCGACUCGCUAUCCCUGGUGCUGGAUCUCUGGCUCAAUUUCUACGACUACGCGGCACGCCUUCCUCUCACACCAACGACUAAGAAGAUGAUCGAGGAAGGCGAGUUUGAGAAGAACGAAUACGAGCUCCUCGUCGCAGUCUGGCGCUUCUUCCACGAUCUUCCGUGCCCCGGGACGACGUGGUGGACACAUCCAGAUGCUGCGCGUGUAUCGGACGGCUUCAUUGCCAUAUGCGGCGGCAAACCUCGCCGACUAUAUCGCAAGGCUCUGUCAACCCGAAUUUCCCAUUAUCUUCUCACCCGGGACCCGGUUCCAUGCGACGAGCUCAUGGAAACGAUCAGCACAGUCGAGGAGGUCAUUGGGCUCGUGAAUCGCAGGACUCUCGGUGUUUCAAUCCCGCGGUCUGUCAUUCACAGCGUCAUCCAAGCAUGGAGGGACACUGCGAUCCUUCCCAACGGGGACGACGUUGGAAUGGCAUGUGCCCAUCUCUUCACCACGAUUCAUUCUCGAUGCACGUCUGACGCUCGCUACCUGGAAUGGGGCGUUGGGGCAGGCCUUAUUCCUCUGCUCUUAAAUCUCAUCCGCACGCGUCCGGAGACGAAGACGGAGCAUUUCGGCGUACCGCCGGUUCUACUGGGCUACCUGCGAUACCAGUUGGUCUACCGAAACUUUGUGCGCCUCAUGCGAUCCCACGGUGGAUCCGACAUGGAAAUCCGGGAGGACGAUUACUCUUAUGUCGCAACUUUCAUCAAUGCUUACCGGGAUGCCGUAUCCGAGCUCGACAAAGACUAUAGGACUUUGGCAGAGGAGCACUGGAUGAAAUGCCGCUUCGAUUCGUGCCCUGAUGUCUCCGGCGAUAUACCCUUGAAGAGGUGCGAAUGCCGAGUAGUCCAUUACUGCUCAAGAAGAUGUCAGGCAGCGGACUGGAAGAGGCAUCGACAGUACUGCGAGGUACUUAACAAGAGCCUUUUGCCGGGCUUCUCCGUGCCCUCGUACAGAUACGCCAUCAUCAUGUCGAGGAAGGUCAUCAACCAGGAGAGGGACCGCGUCCUGCGCAAGAUACAGGCCUGGUACGCUAAACCUGACUCUGAUGUGGUUAGGAGGCAGCUCGUGAUCUUCCUCGACUUUGCCGAGCGCAAUCAGGGCCUUCUGACUGGUACGACGCUCAGUGAAAUAAAUGACUGCUGCCCGACGAUUAGGUUGGCUACGUGGCCGGCGAGGAGCGAGGAUAUCGAGAAGGGUGGACCGACCCGAGUGGCGGUGACCGCCUAUCUCGCCAUUGGGGGACGCGGGCGCUCUCCUGCGCUCAGGUGUGGCGAGUUCGAGUUGGUCGAAUUGCUGUCAGGCGAAAUCUCGCUCUCUAUCGACUCGCUGGCGAACUUCCAAGUCAAUGUAUAG